AUAUAGUGGCCGUCAGUUCGGAACGUGGUCGGUUGGAGAAACAGCGGGAGGUUCGUUCGUCUCGAUAACACCUCCUUCUCGCUCUCCUUUUUUUUCGCAUCCGUUCGUCUCGCUCUUUCGCCGUCGCUUCCCUCCCUCUAACUCUCACAGCGGCAACAGAACCGGCACUGGCACACCGAAGGGCUGCAGUUGCGAUCGGAUGAUCGACGAGUACGCGUCUGUUGUGCGCACUGUUGUGUGUUCGUCCGGAAUGUCAGGUGUCCUCUCGAUUCUUCGAGUCUCCUAUCCUCGGUGAAUUGGAGCGACAGCAGAGCUGAAGCUUUGAAUCAAACAACGAGUAUGAGCGAUGUUCACGAGGAUCCGUGAGGCUCGCGUAAUCGACAGACGUGCCGCAUUGCACGGCGUCACCGGGACUCUUUAGUAGUCGAGAGGAACCGGUGAGAAAUCGGUGGCGCAUCCGAAGGAAGCCUGCAGACACCAGACGGGCGAGAAGAGAAGGGAAAUAUUAAAUCUGGUCUGGUGGAGGACAAGAGGAAGUGGGGCCGGUGCGGGCCACCGGGACGCUUCUCGGUCCUUUCCGCCUCAGGAUGUCGUACGCCAAUCGAUUCCCGUCUUCGCAGCACACCCGUUAUCGUAGCAGCUGGGGACCCUCUUCAGUGACUGUGUUCAAUCGCGCCGACGUGCCCAGGCCCUCGCCGGAAGAGGAAGAGUACGCAGAGUUCUAUCACGAGCGUCUGCACUCGGCACAAAGCAGACAGUUGCUGCCGCUGCAAGAGGACCUCGCCGAUUGGAUCAAUAAAACGUUGAACUCGGAAAUCGUAUCGGGAGACAACUUCUUCGACGCCUUGGACAAUGGCGUGGUGGUGUGUCGAUUGGCGAGGGUUAUCCAGGAAAAAGCGAGGACAGCGAUUGAUGCUGGAAAAGCGAAAGGGCCUAUGCCGGUGAUAAAGGGUCGUUGCUGGGAAAAUGCAGCGCGUCGCAGUUUCUUUUCUCGGGACAACAUGGAGAACUUCAUACAGUUCUGUAGACGACUGGGCGUACACGAGAAUCUUCUGUUCGAGAGCGACGAUCUCGUCCUACACGGACAACCACGGAACGUGGUGUUGUGUCUGUUGGAAGUGGCACGAUUGGCGUCAAGGUAUUCGGUCGAACCGCCAGGACUCGUGCAGCUCGAGAGGGAAAUCGCUGCCGAACAAGAGCGAGAUCUUCACUGUCUGUCCGAUAGUGGUAUAUCCCAUAGCAGCUUGGUUUCUUGGCAGUUUCAAUCACCGUCCCCGACCGCAACACCCAGACCUCCGACAGAGAAGAUCAAACACAGCAGUUCAGCAUCGGAAGUCGCGUUGACGGCGACGCGAUGGCUGGAUCCAACCACCGGUGUGACGCACGAGCCCGAAAUGAGAAGGUCGGUGAGCGACAAUGGGCCAACGGGGAGCGACGGAGUACCCAGCGAUACGACGGAGGACGAUUGGUCACGAGGAAGCGCGGAGGACCCGGACGAGCUUCCAUCGCCAUCGAGUUCACCUUUGCCCUCGCCAGCCGAGCCGCCGGAACACACGGGUCCCAUAACGGAACUCGAUCGUAAGGUGAGAAGAGCCACAGAGGCCGUGCAGAGACUCUGCCAAUGCCCAUCCGAAAGAUGCUCCAAACUGAAGGUGCGUAAAGUUGGCGAAGGACGGUACCAUAUCGCUGGACGAAAUGUCUUCAUCAGACUUUUGAAGGGAAGACACAUGAUGGUCAGAGUGGGCGGGGGCUGGGACACCUUGGAGCAUUUCUUGGCGAGGCACGAUCCCUGUCAGGUGAGGACCCUCAACCGCGAGAGCACGCCGCCUUCUCCUCACGGCAACAAGCACACCAACUUUCUUCCUAUUCGCGCCAAGUAUCGCAGUCCUCCACCGGAAUCCGUCUCGGCCCGUUAGCCUAAAAGCACAGUGCCUGUUUACAAGUCCACGCUACUUCACGUUCAUGCUGUUGUUGGUCCGUUUCGUACAAGUCAAGAGACAGUUCGAUAGGGUGGCUUCUUCUGAAAAAGGAUAGAACUUCUGUUCCGUCUUUUCAUUCGGAUCAGACUUUUAUUCGAUAGAGGCACGAGAAGUUACGAGAGUACCACGCUGAUAGAUGAACGGCGGGAACGUUACAUACUUGAAUCUUUAUAAAAUAUACAAAGAUCAGUAACGUCCCCUAGAAACGACGUCUUCCUUCUUUCCAACCGCUGUCUAUAGCGUGUUGACGAUAUCGAGGGAUUGGAUAAUUCUAUCUCCGUGUUAUUCUCGUGAUCAAAUAUAGUAGAACUUGUAUUAAAUGCACCACUGUCUCUCAUAUACAUAUGCAUAAGUUAUACAGGGGAUGGCACUAUUUUUCUUACAUGUCAUGUAAUAUGGCUGGGGAGCACUAAUAUUACACGUACAUCCUGACAAGCGUGUUAAUAUGCCAUCUUGAGGAGACUCCCGCGAUAUUCGCUGAUUCUUACCAUUUUCACAUCCGUACGAAUUUUUGACGAAUAUAUUGUAUAGAUCUAUAGUAUACAUUCGCUCGUUAUUUUUGUACAUUCACAUCGAAUUAUACGUUGUGUUCAUGCUACAAUGUAUGUACUAUAUGUAUAUGUAUAUACGUAUAGAAAUGCGACUUGUAUUUAUUUGUACUUUCCUACAUGUUCGCGUAAGUUGUUCGUUUAGAAGAACAAGGACUUGCCUUUCGUAUAUACGUAUCAACGAUUCCAUCGGUUUCGAUUUACGACCCGUAAAUGGUUUAGUGUCACACAUUCCACAGAUGACAGGCAUAUUAACGCUUGAUUUGGAAAUUGUCUAACAGAAAUAGAUGGGAGUGCAAUGCACCUGGUAGAGGUAGUCGUAAGACCGCAAUGACCAAAGUUCGUAAUGGUAUACGUAUGUUGAAACGACCACGGGCAAUAAAGGCUUAUCGGAAUGUCGUUUACAUCGAAGAUAACGACCAACACAGUGUAUCCGCUGCGAACGAGCUGCUUCGACUUCGAAGUUGAUCCAUGCGUGUAAUUAGAAGAAAGUGCAAUUAAGGACUCAGGUAACAUUUUAAAUCGAGCUUGCCGGGCUAAAUAGAGCUACAGAAAAUUGAACUUACCGAUCGAACGACUCCGUCUUUUUGUAGAAAUGCAAGCUUUAAAGGUUAGGUAACCGGUUACAAGAGUGCGGGAUUAUUAUUCUGAAAAGGGGAUGAAGAAAUUAAUUAUUACUUAUUUAUACUUGGUCAUUGCUGCGGCCCGCACGGGCGAAUCUCGUAGUGCACUUAAAUAUUUCUCGCGGUAAGCAAUGUAAGGCACAUAGAUUGUAACAAAUAACAGGGUCGGUUACAUCGAUUAAUUCUACUUGAAAUAUUAGAUCAUUUAUUGUUAGAUUAUUAUAUAACAGUGUUAAACGAUUGACAUGAAUGAUUAUUAUUUUCAUGCUUCACUUUCAAAGGAUAUCUUUGAACCUUUCUCAUCAUUGAGAAGAAAAUCUAUCUUCUUAUAUUGUUCUUAGACACAUACAUGUGUAUCUACCGGCACCGACCCUGACGAUAAUUCUUACACUUUGGCACAUAAUCGAUACGUACUAAAUUUGCUAACACGCAAAAUGCUUCACGAUAAUUGCCAUAAUAUAUGUUUUGUACUUUUAUAAUAAAUACAUAGGAUAAGGUGUAACAAAGGACGUAUUGUAGCGAAAUUACAAGGCGACAUGUGUUUAUUCGGUUCACAGAAAUGCAAGGACACAGUGUGCAAAGGAAUACCAAAGCAAAGAAAUAUACGACGAGCAAUGUCGGCACGUUGAGGCUAUUAACGUUGCCGUUCAAAGCUUUUCUUUUUGUUAGACUUUUUCCUUUCUAUCGUCUAAAUUGAUUUUGUAUCAUAGCGUUGUACGUUUCGUAAAUUAGUAUUCGACACAUAGUGUGUAAUCUAUUUCGUUUUAGAUAUUUCGCUCGUAUAUCCAGAAUGUAUUUAUUUGUAAAUUAUAACGCAAUCAGUUCUAAACGUAGUGAUCGAAACAGAUUUAUUUCACGAGUAUGUUUAGUGUCAUUAUUGCUACGCGCGAAUGAAAUGAUUCCGCCAUAUUAUAUUAUUAUCGUAAACGCGUUACAGAAUAAGUAUGUUUAUAGUACGGUUAAGUUGUACGUACCUGCUUAAUUAAACGCAGAGUAUUCUAGAGUAUUUUUCGUUAAACGAAAUUUUAUAAUUGAGAAUGAUUUCACGCGUUUCGUUUAUGUUUGUUCUCGUGUAAAUUUAUCGUGUGCAAUGCUAUUUAUUCUAGCAUCAAAUGGAUUUUUGUCCUGCAGAUUUUUGUUAAGAACUGAAAUAUCGAAUUUAUGAGAUUUACGAAUCAGUUUAUAAAUAUUCCAUUGCACGAUGAACAUCGUGAUAUCAUCGCAAACAUAGUCUGUUUAUUUUCUCAUGAUUUGUAAUGUGAUAUGAUUGUAUUGCACAUCCUACUUUCAUUUUUUACUUAACGUUAGCAAUCAAAACAUGCUUCUAUAAAAGUAGCUCGUAAUCAGUUCGUGUAUUUCAUAUAACGUAUAAAAUAUGCCGCUAAUAAUGUUAGUUUUAUUUAAGUACGAUACUAUUGUGUUAAUUGUUAUAUUUUGUUGAACAAUAAAAUAUUUAAUUAUAAAUCUCUUA